AUGUUUAGAGGAAAGCGGGAGAGAACUGUACGACGGACGUGGCAGACUGCACGACCAACGCCACCUGCACGGAACUUGAAACUGAUUUUCACAAAUGCAAAUGCAACCGUGGAUACGUCGCUGACAACACCACUGGACAAUGCACUUUACUUCGACCUGACGUCCACCACGAUUCCUGAGGUUGGGACCAAAGAAAUGCUCCUGCAUGUCUACCACGUGGUUUUACAGGCUCGUUUGACCCCAAAAAGAUGGCUUCAAAAGGUGCCGCGAUACCAGCGCCAGUAUCCGCCCCUUGGGUCCCCCAUGUUGGGCGAAGAAUGCACAGAAGAUGUGGAGUGUGCUGUAGAAAAUGCAGAAUGCAUUGCAAGUGAUGGGAUAAAUACAUGCCAGUGUCCUGGUGCAUUUAUUGCAGAGGAAUUCAUGUGUGUUGAUUCCGGCGUGAAGGAAACAAUCUCUAGAGGCAUCAUCGCCAUCGCAACCAUAUCUGCAGCUUUGCUUAGUUAAUCUUUCCUUCUACUGCAGUUGGCCAUUAUGCUAAAUAAACUUGAUAGAACCGGU